UGCGACGUGCGCUGCGAACCGAUUUACGGCAAUGCCAGUGCAGAAAAGUUAAACAAACAAAAGAAAUAAUCCAAAAAGCAGGAAAAAAAACGCGUGUUGGGCCUCAGAGCCGCUGCCGCAGCCGCAACUGAAGCGCGGAGCUACAAGCAAAGGCAAAGCAAAAGACGGAGAGCUCAGUAACGAGUUGUUGCUUGAAGACGAACAAUUGUUCAAUAGCGGCUCAGCUCUGCGUGCGUUGCCACAUUCAUUUUGGUGACCGACAGAGCGCCCGACCGACAGUCCGUCGUCGACAUCGUCAUUCCGUUUCGUCCCCUGGUUUUCUAAACGCGCGCGUUCUCUGAUCUUCCUCUUCCGGCCAGUCGUCAGCGAAGUUCGCAACAAACGACAACAACAACAACAAGAACAACAAGAAUAGCAGCAACAGUAAAUUGCGAUACGAGGAGCAACAACGAUAACAAAAACAACUGGCAAUACAAAAUGACAUCGAAAAAGCGUAAAACCUUUUUAGACGGCGACGACGACGCCGGCUUUGAUGAUGAUGAUUCUGGCUCUGAUUUUGAUGAUGAUGAAGAUCCAGAUCAAAUAGAAGUGCCCGGUGGUGGUCGUGAUCUGAACACUGCAGUUACCUACGCUCAAAACAUACGCAGUGGUGUUGGCAUCAACACCGCAAAACAGGCGAACAGUGGGGCAAGCAGCAGUAAUAUUAGCGAAACGCUUAUUAAAUUGAAUAACAACAACAGUAAUAAUAAUAAUAACAAUAAUAUAAAUAGCAACAACAAUAUAAGUAAAGUAAAUAGCAACAAGCCAACAUCGUUGUUGCUUAGCAACAACGGCAAUGCGAGCAACAUAAGCAACAACAAUAAUAAUAAUAAUAAUAACAACAACAAUAUCAGCAUUAUUAGCCGCAGCAACAACACAAUUGCAACACUGAGGCCAACAAUUGUAACGCAUACAGCAAAACCAACAACAGCCGGUGGCAAAUUCACCGCGUUGCCAACCACGACAACAACAAAAGUGAUCGUUGAUAAAAGCUUAAACAACAUGCCAAAGAAAUUGUCGGUGGGCUAUGCGCGACCUGCCACGCCCUUAAGGGUACAAUACAAGCCACCCGCAGCCGUUAGCACCGCCAACAACUUGCUUAAGGCCAACAGCACCACAUCAGCAGCUGCAGCUGUCGGUGGUGCAGGAAUGGGCGCACCAGCUGCAGCAGCCACUGGCGGUGGAGGCGGCGGAGGCGGCGGAGGUGGCGGUAGUGGUGGCAUGAAGGUGAACACAAUGAUGCUGGAUAAAUUGCAAAAGUUGAUUGCCUUGAAUCCAGAGUAUUUAACCAGCGGCAUUCCCAAUCAUGUGAUGACGCAGCUCUUUAUGCAACCGAUUCGCAUGCCACAGCCGCAGCAGCAGUUGCAAAAUGUUGCCGGUGCUGGUGGAAAUGCAGCAUCUGCAGCGGCGGCGGCGGCAGCUGCAGCAGCUGCCUCUGCGGCUGUCUAUGUGCAACAGGAGGAGGAUGAGGUUGACUACGAGGAGAUGGGAGUGGCCGAGACAUAUGCCGAUUAUUGGCCAGCAAAGCUAAAACUGGGCAAGAAGCAUCCAGAUGCGGUGGUGGAGACAGCCUCGCUCAGUUCUGUGGAGCCAUGCGAUGUGUACUACAAGUUAUCGAUACCCGCCGAAACGAUCAACAGCGGUCAGCUGAGUGCUCUUCAAUUGGAGUCCAUCACGUAUGCAUCGCAGGCGCAUGAUCAUCUCCUGCCCGAUGGCAGUCGUGCCGGCUUCCUCAUUGGCGAUGGCGCUGGUGUUGGCAAGGGUCGCACCAUUGCGGGCAUCAUCUAUGAGAACUAUCUAAAGGGUCGCAAGAAGGCCCUCUGGAUAUCCGUGUCCAAUGAUCUCAAAUACGAUGCCGAACGUGAUCUCAGCGACAUUGGAGCAACACGCAUCGAUGUCCAUGCCCUCAAUAAGUUCAAAUAUGCCAAGAUCAGCUCAGAUGUGAAUAACAACUGCAAACGUGGCGUGAUCUUCAGCACAUACUCGGCAUUGAUUGGCGAAUCGAACAACAAGACGGGAAAGUAUCGCUCCAGGUUCCGUCAGCUGUUGCAAUGGUGCGGCGAGGACUUUGAGGGUCUCAUCAUAUUCGAUGAGUGUCACAAGGCGAAGAAUCUGUGCCCUGUGGGUUCCGGCAAACCGACUAAAACUGGCCAAACGGUGCUCGAGCUGCAGCAGAAGUUGCCCAAAGCGCGUGUUGUUUAUGCUUCUGCAACGGGCGCAUCUGAGCCAAAGAAUAUGGCCUAUAUGGUGCGUUUGGGCCUAUGGGGUCAGGGUACGGCUUUUGGCAGUUUCGCGGACUUUAUCACCGCUGUGGAGAGACGCGGCGUUGGCGCCAUGGAAAUCGUUGCGAUGGACAUGAAACUGCGAGGAAUGUACAUUGCCCGCCAGCUGAGCUUUAAGGGCGUCAGCUUUAAAAUCGAGGAGGUUCCGCUGACCAAGGAAUUUCGCAAGAUCUACGAUCAAUCUGUGGAACUCUGGGUGGAGGCCAUGCAAAAGUUCACGGAGGCCGCUGAACUCAUCGAUGCCGAGAGUCGCAUGAAGAAGACAAUGUGGGGACAGUUUUGGUCAUCGCAUCAGCGUUUCUUCAAGUACCUUUGCAUUGCUGCAAAGGUCAACCAUGCGGUGCUCGUUGCCCGCGAGUCUAUCAAAUAUGGCAAAUGUGUUGUCAUUGGUCUGCAAUCCACCGGCGAGGCACGAACUCUCGAUCAGCUCGAGCGUGAUGAUGGCGAACUCACCGACUUUGUGUCCACAGCCAAAGGUGUCUUCCAAUCGUUUGUGGAGCGUCACUUUCCUGCGCCCGAUCGGAAUCGCAUCAAUCGCAUUCUGGGACUCUACGACGAGACGCCGGCGGUGAAGACGGAGCCGCAAUCGCUGAACAACAACAACAAUAACAACAACAACAGUCGCAGCAAGCGUAAGGGUGGAGCGAACAGUGGGGGUAAAUCGAAGAAGAAGAUGAAACGCAGUGGAUCGUGGCAAUUUAGUGACAGCGAUGAGGAGGCAGCUCACACAUCGGGCGGCGAUUUCGAUAACAACAGCAAUAGCGAUGAUGCAGCUGACAGCGAUGAUGCCAAUGAGGAUAAUGACGAUGAUGACGAUGACAACGAUGAUGAUGACGAUGAUGACGAUGAGGACAAACAUGAUGGGGACAGUGAUCGUCACAGUGUUGCCAGCGAUGCCAGCUCCGAUUUCAAUCCAUUCUUCAGUGGCAGCGACAGCGACAUCGAUCCCUGGGUGAAUGCGCGCAGCAAAAAGUCGAGCAGCAGUGGCACCAAAAAGACACAAAAGAAGACCAAAAAGAAGGCGGUCAAGAAGGAGUCAAAGGUUAAGAAGGAACCCACGGCCACAACAACAGCAACAGCAGCAACGAUAGCGACCAGUAGCAGCAGCAGCAGUCUGUCCAUGUCAGCAACAGUGGCGGCUGCGUUGAAUGCCGCAAAAAGUCGCAAGUCGCAGCAGCUGUCGACACAGGACAAGAUCCAGGAUCUGUUGCAAAAGAAACAGGAAAUGAAGGGCACCGUCACGCCCAUUGGCGUCAAUGGCGUCAAGCUGAACUAUGGACCACCGCCAAAGGAUGCCAUCGAGCGUGCGUGCACCAUGAAGGAGGAGCUAUUGCGUAGAAUUGAACGUAUUGGCUCACGAUUGCCGCCCAAUACGCUCGAUCAGCUGAUCGAUGAGCUGGGCGGACCCGAUAACGUGGCCGAGAUGACCGGACGACGUGGUCGUGUCGUCCAAAAUGAUGAUGGUUCCAUUCAAUAUGAAUCACGCACCGAAUCCGAUGUGCCGCUCGAGACGCUCAACAUAACGGAGAAGCAACGUUUCAUGGACGGACAAAAGGAUGUGGCCAUCAUCUCGGAGGCUGCAUCCAGUGGUAUCUCGCUCCAGAGCGAUCGUCGUGUCUUCAACCAGCGACGACGCGUCCACAUCACAUUGGAGUUGCCGUGGUCAGCCGAUCGGGCCAUACAGCAAUUUGGACGUACACAUCGUUCCAAUCAAGUGAAUGCCCCCGAAUACAUAUUCCUCAUAUCGGAUCUGGCCGGUGAACGGAGAUUCGCAUCCACUGUUGCCAAGCGUCUCGAAUCGCUUGGCGCCUUGACGCACGGUGAUCGUCGCGCCACCGAGACUCGUGAUCUGUCGCAGUUCAACAUCGAUAACAAGUACGGCAGACAGGCCCUCGAGACGGUCAUGCGCACAAUAAUGGGCUAUGAGACGCCUCUGGUGCCGCCGCCCACCGAUUACAGUGGUGAGUUCUUCAAGGACAUUGCCGGCGCUUUGGUCGGUGUGGGCAUCAUUGUCAACAGCGAGAGUCAUCCGGGUGUGCUCAGCCUGGACAAGGACUACAACAACAUAUCCAAGUUUCUCAAUCGCAUUCUCGGCUGUCCCGUCGAUCUGCAGAAUCGUCUCUUCAAGUACUUCACCGACACCAUGACAGCGAUCAUUAAUCAGGCCAAACGUGGCGGUCGAUUCGAUCUCGGCAUUGUGGAUUUGGGUGCGGCUGGCGAAAACGUGACUCGGGUGCGUUUGGUGCGCUUCAUGCGGAAGCAUGCCACAGGCGUGGCACCCACAGAGCUGCACACAGUCCGUGUGGAACGUGGCAUGAUAUGGCAGGAAGCCAUUGAUAAGUAUGCUGAUCUGUUUAAUGAACACGAGGGUUUCUAUACAUCGCAUCAUCUGCGAAAUCAGAAACGCACCGCAAUUCUGGUGGUUGUCAUUGAACAGCAGUCGACGCGUGGCUCCUCUGGCUCGACGGAUGCGGACAGCAGCAAGGCGCAGAAGAAGAAGUCGCGCAGCAAAAAGGAGAUCAUGUGUCAGAUCUACAGGCCCAAUACAGGCCUACAGGUGCGCCACGAAUCACUCGCCGAACUGGAGAAGAAGUAUCGCAAGGUGAGCAGCGAGGAGGCUGAACCGCAUUGGACGGAGCAAUACGAUGCCUCGGUUCAUACUUGUUCCCAUGCCUAUUGGAAUGGCAACUGUCGCAAUGUCAGUCUGGGCAAUGAUUGUGAGGUUGGCUUACGUCAACGUUUGUAUCAUGUGUUGGCCGGUUCGGUGUUAUCGGUUUGGGGACGCGUGGAACACAUAUUGAAUACGCGAUCCAAUAGCAAGAUGCAGGUGAUACGCAUGAAGACAACCGAGAGCGAAAAGAUUGUCGGCACCAUGAUACCGAAAUCAUGCUUUGAGCCCCUCAUGAAUGAUUUGCGCAGCGAUUCGGAGAAGAAAGAGGAAUUCAACUAUUAGGCCAAUCAUUCAUUCAAGAACAUUCACUUAUUCACAUGCUGAUUUCAUUGAAUAUUGUCGCAGACUCUUCCGAUCCAGGAAACAGGACAACACACAACACAUAUGGACAACAUUUAACAAUAAAUACAACAUAAACAACCACAACAACAACGAGAAAACAUAGCUAUAGCCGAUACAAUGUUAUACAAUUUCAGGACUUUACUUUAACUAAUUUUUUUGAGUUUUUUAAAUAGUGUAUCCUUUUAGAUUGCAUAUUAAUUAGUUGUAAUCGUACAUAAGUUAAAAAUGUAUUUGAAAAUGCAUCCAAAAAUCAUAGGAGAAAUAUAAAAAUAUAUAUUCAUUUUUUUGCGUCUCACAUGUAUAGUACAUGCAUUCACACUAACACAGCCGCACACACACACACACACAUAAAAAACGACAUAAAAAAGAUAUAGUGAAAACAAAUGGAAACGCUUAUUAUAUGGACUUUUCUUCUUAAUGAUUUACAAUUUAAUUAAUUUAAUUAAUUUUAAAAUAAAUGAUAGUAGAAACAACCCUUACAUACAUACACACACUCGCACACACCCACACCAGCACAGACACAGAAAUGUGCAUACGUAUUUGUACGUAAUCCUCUUUAAUUUUUUUUCUCCCUUUUUGUUCCCAUUUAAUUUUUAAUGUAAAGCUGCAGCGCAGCGUGCAGCUUUUGAUAGUUGAUGGAAAAACAAAACAAAAUAAAAACAUAACUAAGAAUGAAAAAAUAAAAUAAAAUAAAGGAUUAGUAAUGAAACCGAGUUAAGGCAUUUUUUUUUGCGUCAUAGUUUUAAGUUGAAAUUGAAAAGUCAAAAAGCAGUUUGUAAUUAAGGUCCUCUAGCUGUAAUAACUAAUUUAAGUUUAGCCAUUAAAGGUGUUAAUAUACAUAUACGAUUAAAUACAAUGCAUACAUACAGAUUCAAUACAUACAAAAAUGAAGUACGUGCUCGUACAGGCAAAAAUAAUAAACGCGGAAAAGUGACAUAUAAAAA